AAGGGCUUAUUUCAUGCUGUGAGCGGUGUUGGCAGCAGUGAGGUGCUUGUGGAGCCUCUGGGUGCUGUCCCUGCUGUGUGCUCAGCGCUCUGGGGCUCCCUUUGCCUGUCCCAGGGCGCGAUGUCGGCGCGGCGCGCGCUGAAGGCCGUGCUGGUGGAUCUCAAUGGAACCCUCCACGUCGAGGACUCGGCCGUGCCGGGAGCCCAGGAGGCCCUCAAAAGGCUGCGCAGUGCCCCGGUGACCGUCCGGUUUGUGACAAACACCACCAAGGAGAGCAAGAGGGACCUGCUGGAGAGGCUGACAGGGCUGGGCUUCGACAUCGCUGAACAUGAGAUCUUCACCUCCCUGACAGCAGCCAGGAACCUCCUGGAGCAGCAGCAGGUGCGGCCCCUGCUCCUGGUGGAUGAUAAGGCCCUGCCUGAUUUCACAGGGAUUGGCACGGAUAACCCCAAUGCAGUGGUGGUGGGACUGGCUCCUGAGCACUUCCACUAUGAGAUGAUGAACAGAGCCUUUCGAUGUGCAAAGCAGGAAAGGUUACGGAAGUGUCUGUGCCCACUAACCCACUGCUCUCCUGCUGUGUCCCAGGACUGCAGGGAUGAUGUUGGUGGUGCCCAGCAGGCAGGCAUGCGGGGGAUUUUGGUAAGGACGGGUAAAUACCGUCCAGCAGAUGAAAACAAAAUCAACCCAGCUCCCUACUUAACCUGUGAGAGUUUCCCAGAGGCAGUGGAACAUAUCCUGAAGCAGAUGCUGUGAGAAAGGGAACAGCUAGCUUGAAGAAACUUCUGUUUCACACCAUUUCCUUCAUUCUUGCUUCAGAAAUCGAGGUCCCAAGAUCAGUGCAUGCAUGGCAUCCAUCAGAGACCACCCUGGGCUGUGAGGGGCAGGGGAUCCUUGUGGGCCCAGCACAGUCACACACACAGGGAGUGGUGGCAAAAUUUUCUUAUUUUCACUUUUCAAAGAAUAACUGAUGAAAAGUCACGUCUGGGAAGGGUCACCUUCUGCAGAGUAAGUUAAACUGAAAACAGUCAAGUAAACAAAGCUCAAACACCAACAGAGCCUCAGUGGGCCUGUAGUGAUUUCACUGACGUCUCUGUUCUGCUCUGACUUAAACGUAGAGAUUAUGCACGUUUAGAAGUGAUUCUGAAAUGAAAUUAUCAUCGUUGCUUAAUAAUAACUACUGUGGCUGUCUUUCAUUAGAACAGAUCCUGUUAUUUGCUUUUCAAAUUUUACAUAAAAUUAAAAACUGUCAGCAUUUUACAGAUGUUUUAAUUAGAUGCUGUUAUUAAAAAGAAUGAUGCAGAAACAAAACUCUGGUAUUAAAUGCCUUAGAGACUGUGACUUUUUAAAAUUAGGCUUCAGCAGGGCCCUAUUAAUGCUACAGUUGCAAAAUUUCACUGUUGUUGGGGAUUUUUUUGUUUCUUUUUAAUGUUAUGGAAAAAAUCCUUCACAAGCCAUGGGGACAGAUUCCAGUUUUUACAGUUGGUUAGCAGAGUUGUAAAAUGAAAUUUAAUUCUGUAGCGUGCAAUGCUUUUCCUAUGCACUACAUCCCCCAAUAUGAACCAACUUCGUAAUGACGGUAAAUGGCUUUUCUGGUCCAUUUGCAAACUGUAAUAAUCAAAGUCCUUUACAGUUGUUUUACAGUGCUCCUGUGUGUUAAAUUAUUAGAUUGUAAUUAUGCAUUACUGGAGUAUUAACCUUAUUGAAAAUACAGUUUUGUGUUAAUGAGCCAUGCUCGUUCUUGUUAAACAAAACCAUGGUGAUGAAUGAA